AUGAUUAUUUUAGGGUUUUCUAUACUACAGAUAAUUAUUUGCACUUUCCCUUUAAGCAAAUAAUUUUAGAUUAAAAGACAGUUGAUUACAGAUUAAACACUUAGGUGUUUCUCUCCUCAGCCAAAAUAGUCAUUUCCAUAAGUUUUAGGAGGUCUGAUUGGAGAUACAGAGCUUUCUUGCUUGUUCUACAACUCAGCAGACAAUAGUAUUUUGGCAACAGGUUCAUCAACAUCAACUGAUAUUGUAGAUAAAGCUACAACUCCUUUUAUCACAUAUAUUGAUGAACUAACAGGAAAAUUAAAAUGGCAGAAAUAAUACAUAUUUAAUACAAUUACAUCUCAAGUUACUCCAUUUACAUUUUCGAGAUGCUCUAUCUAGUAAACUACAAAAAAUUAUGCAAUUGUUCUCUCAGACAACCCUUAAUAUGGUGAACUACUAAAAGCAUUAUACGAAUAUAGUAGUACUUCUCUUAAUAUAUAAAAAAGUCGCUAUGCUAUUGGACUAAUGAUGACAUCAUCUAACAAAAUUUACAUAUUAAAUGGGGAAUUAGACAAAGUAAUGGUUAGUGCAUUUUAAUUUGAUGUUUCUCUAAACUAGAUAAGUCCGAUUUAUUAUAAAGCAUAUGGUACGAGUAGCAAUAAAUUUUAUGGGUAUGAAAUUGGUCUCACUUCUGCCCUUGACUAUGUAUAUGUAGUAGGAAGAAUAAAGACAUUAUUAGCUAUGAGUAAAAUUUAGCUUUCAAACGGUGUAGCAAGUUACUCUUAUAUGAUAGAUAACUCUUAAGGAAGUUCAGCAUUAAAAGCUUUAACUAAGAUCGAGAUAUAUGAAUAUCUAGGUCAAAUUUUUUAAAUAACUUGCGCAGAAAAUCUAGGCCCAAAUGGAAAUGAUGUAGGAAUUCUGGACUUUUCAGAAUCAUUCGGCACAGGCCUUGCACUAGCAAAGUCAUGGUAUUUUAGCAUGACAGCAAAAACAAGAUGCUUAGCAGUGUAAUUUAAUAGCUAUACGGUUUGGUAUUUAAUGCACAUUGAGAAUAGUGGAGUUUAUUUUUCUCAAACUGAUGUUAGCAUGAUUGGUUCAAGUACCACAUGGACUUUAAUGAGACUUGCUUCUAGUUCAAGUCAGACACUAUUUGCAAAGGAUGGCUAUAUCAAAACAGAUGGGACUAAAAUAUAUUGGCUAGGAUCUACAUAAGCAAUUAAUUCUAAAUCGUAUAAUAAGAAAGUAGGUUUUCUUAUGAAUUAUCCUUACAGUUAAUGUAUUCCAUCAACAACAAGUGUUACUCAAUCAGUGAGCAUACAGAAUAUUUUUAUUUUCCAGUUAGGCCUGACAGCUUAUUUCUCGAACCCUAGUCAAUCUACUUAUACUGCAACUAAUGAAAAUAUUUUAUUCAAAUAGAUUGAUGGAAUUACUAGCAAAUCAAUGCUGAUAACGGAUUUAGUUAAUCUUCCUGAUGAAUGUUAAUAACUAAUGAGCUAAGGAAUUAUUUCACCACCAAUUCUUUCAAGUCUUGUUUACAAUUACCAAAUUAGCUUGAAUUCAUCUAUUCUUGACAUUUAUAUUCCAGAUUUUCAGUAUAGUCUAGCUUGUUAAGAUUUGUCUUGGAAGUAUUCGAUAUCUCUUUAGAAUCUAUAGAAUUCUCCUCUAUUUAUCACCUUCUAGCAAAUAUACGCAGGAGGAUCUUAACUAAGUGUUACUUCAGCCAACAACUUAACAGCAGGUGUAUAUUAGCUCCUAAUAAAAGCUUUAUUGAAUAAUUAAUAUUCUUCAACUCUUUCUCUCACAUUGAAUAUGCUUGCAAUACCUUAUGUUCCUCAGAAUGACUCAGCAGAUCUAAAUCAAACAAAUCAAACAUCCUCAAGUAAUAAUUAAACAAAUAAUACUUCUACUAAUUAAACAAAUUCAACCAAUUCAAACAAUUAAAGCGAUCCAGUUAUCCCAACUAAUUCAACCAAUUUAACAAAUGAAACUACCAAUUAAACCAAUUCUAGCAAUGAAACAUCUCAGAAUACCACUCUUCCUACCAACUCAACUUAAAAUAACUAAACAAUUGAAAAUCAAGGAAAUCAAACAGAAUCAAAUAAUUAAACUAACAGUACAUUGAAUGAAACUCAGAAUGGAGGAAAUGAAACUAUUCCUAAUAAUCAAACAUAGAUUGAUAAUAAUACGACGAAAAACUAGACUGAUACGAAUUAAACACAAUAAAAUGCCACAACUAAUUAUACCGAAGGAAAUGGAGAUUAAAAUAUCACUAAUAAUACAAGCAAUAUAAAUUAAACUAUAAACAAUACAGUGAAUAACUAGAGUUAAACAAAUUAAUCCACCACAAAUCCAGACUUAAAUCAGACAAACAAUAAUACCUAAACCAAUAUAACCCAAGAAACAAAUUAAACUGAUGUAAGAAACUAGACUAAUCACACUGAUUCUGGAGGCAAUAGUACUAUUAAUUCAACUACUGAAAAUAAUUAAACAGAUCCAAUAUCAGGUAACGGCGGAAAUAAUUCAAGUAAAAAUGAUUCUGGCAAUUCAACGACAAAUCCUCUAUAAAAUUCUAAUCAAACAGAUAUUUUGAAUGAGACAUUUAAUCAAAACUAGACCAUAAAUCAAACAAAUCAAUAAAAUUAAUCAACAACGAAUCAAACCUAAAGCACCAAUUAAACAUAUAAUAAUAACAAUACUGAUUAAACAUAUAAUAAUAACAAUACCAAUGAAACAACAACAAAUCAAUCCUAAAGCACCAAUUAAACAUAAAAUAAUAACAAUACCAAUGAAACUUCCAACAACAAUACAUUGAAUUAGACAUAAAAUUCUUCUGAACCUAAUCCUGGGUAAAAUACAAUGAAUCAGACUUUAUAAUAAAAUAGUGCUCCGUUUUUUCAAAGUUAAAUACAAUAAGAUAUUUAGAUGUAUGUAAAUGAAAAUUACUAAUAUAGACUACCUUCUUACUUUGAUCCUGAAGGAGAUAAUAUCACAAUAACUUACUUGAUUUUAUUUAAGUAAAGCAUUCCAGAAUUCAUUGAUAUUUAAUCAAAGUCUAUAAAAUUAAACCCUGACUUAAAUGAUUAUGGAACCUAUAAUCUUGUGAUUACUCUAAAAGAUAAUAAUACUAUAUAGCCAAUGGAAUCAAAGUAUAUGAUAAAAAUAAUUGUGAAACCUUUAGAGAAAAAAAGAAAUGAAGAAGAAUACUUUGAAUCAUUGAAUGAAACAAAUCAGCAAGGAAAUGGAUAGAUAAAAGAAAAUUACAAUGUUGAUAAAGACUUCAAGAUUAUAGUAGAUAAGAUAAAUCAGAGAUAAGAACUAAAGAUUAAAUUUAGUUAGCCCCUUCUAGUUGAAUUAAGUGAGUAGUAGAUUAGAGAAUUUUUAAUGCUACAAGUUUUAGGAGCAGACGGUAAAUCAAAACUUAGAGGAUGGGAUAUAAUUAGUUCAAACUAAAAUGGAAUCAGCCUAGAACUAAAGUUUACCAAUAAUCAUGACAUUUCAUCUGGUGAGGAAGCAGAUAUCAUUCAACUAUCUAUAAAUAAUGCAAAGCAUGCGAUAUCUUCUAAGUCUUAGUUAUACAUGGAUAAAUCAUUAAUCAUAUCAACACAAGUUCCAACACAGUUUGACAAUGACGGUAAAUUAUUAUAAUUAAUCAAAUUUUUAGAUGAGCUAAGAAUUAGUGAGUACUCAGACAGUUUGAUAUCAACUUUGUUGACCUCUGUUAUUUUUGGAAGUUUAGCUAUGAGUGCUACAGUAGGAACUAGCCUCUAAAUGCUGUGGGGAUUGAUCAAUAAUUUACAACUUGUCACUCAUACACCAUUAUUCAAAAUUCCUUAUUCUGCAAAUAUUCUCAAUUUCCUCAGAGCUCUAUUUAGUGUUGUCAAUUUCGAUGUUAUUGGAACUGAAAUGAUUUUAGAAAAGGUAUUUGAUUUGCAAUCAUCUGAUGAUUAUACACCAUACAACGACAAUUUUACUUUCUUAGGCUAUGAUAACUCAAAUUUCAUAUAUUUAAUUGGAUUCCCUAUACUUAUUUUGAUAAUGAACAUUCUUCUUACUAUCUUUUAUUUAUUGAUUUCGAGGAUUAAGCUAAAACUAUUUUUUAUUGAAAUAUCAUUAGAGGCAAGUUUUUCAGCAGUUAUUACAUUUAGUGAUUUGAGCAUCAAGGAAAAAGGAGAUUACUUUGCUCUUGGCUUAACUAUUAUUUCAAUGGGAUUAAAUUUAUGUUUUGUAUUCCUACUUCCCUGGCUUUUGUACAAGCAUAGGAAAAAUCCUGUUCAUUAGCAAAAUUCAAAGUAUUUGGCUGAAAUAUUAGAUGAUAGCAAUCCAAAUAAUGUGAUGAUGAUUUUCUAUCAUUCAAUUUUUGUCAUGAGAAGGUUCAUCUUUGUAGCUAUUACUUUUGGAUUAAAAAAUAAUCUUAAUGCCUAAAUUUGUAUCUUCAGACUAUGUAAUGUGCUUUACAUUGCUUACCUUUUACACUAAAAGGAUAAUGAAGAUACAGAGGAAAGAGAUGAAGAACCAUCUUCAAGGCCACUAAAUUUUCCAUAUUUUACAAAUAGAGACUAGUUGGAUAUGAGUUAAACAAUAAGACCUUUAAUUGAGAGGGAUCAUGAAAUUUAAUAAGUAAACAAAAAUAUAAACAAGGAUUCAUACUAUUCAUCAAAACAUGUUGGUGAAACUUUUCAAAUUCAACUAGAAUAGCUAGAUAACAAUGAAUAACUUUAAUCGAUAGAAUCUGUUAGUAAUACUGGAAGUGAUGAGGGUAAAUAUCAUUCUAAGAAUUCAAAUAAAACUGGUUCAGGCAGUGGAAGUGGAAGUGCCACAUCCUCUCAAAUAAAGGGCAAAAAUAUGAAGUUCAAUUUGAAGUCUUUAGCUUAGUUCUAAUCACAAGAAUUGCCUUAGAAUAUAUAGCAAGAGAAUUUCCUAAGAAAGAUUAAGCCUAAAAACUCAUCAAAUGAUUUUAAAGAUAUUCAUAUUCCUGGUUACCCAAUAGGAGACGAAAGUAGUCUUAAUUAAUUGGUUUUAAGUAAAACUAAUAGCAAAAAGUAAUCCUCAGAAAACAUUAAUAAGAAUAUUUUCUAUCCACCCUUAAGUAAUACCUCAUCUAUGAGUAUUACCCCAUAUCUUUCAAAGAAUUAACAAUUUUCUUACAAGUCAGGUGAUGAAAAUAAUCAUGAAGAAUUAAAGAUAAAUAUUUUAUCAGGAGAAAGCCACAGAGAUAAAUAAGAAAAUUUCGAUAAAUAUUUAAGAACCUAAAUUGAUGAAGAUCAGAGCAACAAAGGAUAUUUAAAUUUCGUAAAGCAGGAUUCAAGUAUUAGGAGUAACUAUAGAAAAAAAAUCAGCCCAAAGAAAGUCAAGCAAGAAUAAUCCAAUUGA